AUGUCAAAUUCAGAAAACUGUCCAAACUGUGAUAAUAUCUAUGGUAAUGAACCACGUAAAAUUCCAUGUGGUCAUAUUGUCUGUCAUAAGUGUUGUCUGGAUUUAUUUAAUAAAGAAGAUAAUACUCUUAUUUGUCCUGUAUGUAGUGACAUACAUACAUUUAAAUCAAAAAAUACAUUUAAAAAAACUUUACAACAAGUAGCUCAUUCUGGUUUUGGAAAAAAGACAGCAAUACGUGAAAUGAGUUUUGCAUCAACAAUGCCAGUUGAAAAAGCAUCUGGUGCAGAAAAAGCAGCUAAUAAAGAAGUAAAAAAAGCAGUUCCACAUUUACCAACAGCUCCACCGGGUGCUCCACCAGAAAUUUCAUCAAUACCUCCUCCACCGCCACCAUCAUCACAACUGGAGCCUUUUGUUGUUGUUACUAAAACAUCACCGCCUCCAAUGCCACUUAUGCCAACUAAACCUACAGUAAUAGAUAGUGUACCAAAAGUCAUAAAACAACAACAAUCUACGUCGAAUAAUACAGUUCUACCUUCUUUACUUAAUACAAUAGUUUCACCACCAUCAUCAUCUAUUUCUGAUGCUGUUAUUGCUCGUUGCCAUAGUUGUGGCAAUAAAUGUCAAGUAAUUGUUUGUGAACAUUGUGAUCAUUUUGUAUGUCUUAAAUGUGCUGAAGAACAUCGAACAACCACUAAAAUUGAUGCCCAAGAAUUAACAAAUAAAUGGCAUGAAUGUAAAAAUAAAUAUAAUAUUUUACUUCAAAAAUUAAAUCAAUAUAAUCGUGAUAGAAUUCAAAUUGAAAGUGAUCUUGCUGCUAUACGAGUUGCUGUUGAACAACGUUCACGAGAUGCUAUUCAAUAUGUUGUUGAUCAACGUGAUUCUUUGUUUAGUCGUAUUAAUGAACAUAUGGAAAAAGAACAAACAAUCAAUAAUAUUAAACAUAAUGAUCUUGCUAAUGAAUUUCGUCAAAUACAAAAUCGAUUUGAAAGUGCUCUUAAUGGAGAAGAUAUUGGUUCAUACACUCAAGAUGAUUUUUUGCGUGAUAUUUAUGAACUUCAAAAUCGAAUGAACAAACGUAAUAAUUUAAUUGAAACACAUAUUCUACAAGUAAAGAAACAUUAA